GCCGCUUGGAGCCGGGGCUGCUGCGAGUGGAUGAGACCCUCCUCCCCCCCACCCGGCCUUUGGGAGCUGGCAGGGGGAGGAGAGACGUAGAGGAGACACACGAGUGUGUGUGUGUGCAAGGAGCGAUCUGCCUUGUCAAUCGGAGCACGGGCUGCUGCUGUCUAACAUCACAACAAAGGCUGGCGGGUAACUGGGGAAAGCAGCCGGGAAGGUGCCAGGCGAGACGUCAGGAUUCCUAGAGACAUGGCUUCCUCCAACCCGCCCCCAAGCCCUGCAGUAGGAGACGGGCUAGUGCAGGGGGCCCUGGAGACCUCGACCGAGGGGGAGGAGGAGCUAGGGGAAGCGUUUGAUUUCGACGACAGUGAAGAGGAGGAAGAGGAUUCCACAGUAGGGGUCAGCAGCGCUAGCACUGAACCCAGCGUCGGAGUGGCCCUGCAGGCCCCGCCCAGGAGGCGUAGAUCAGGAAUCGCUGCUGAGGCCCAUUCGUCAGCCCAGCAGGAGAAGGAUGGAGCGCCCCCUGCAGGGCAGGCACAGCUGACCGACUCUGGAUCGCGCACCAGCGCUGAUCCACUUGACACAAAGCUACAGGCAGAGUUCCUGACGGUGGUCAGCAAUGGGGACGUGGUGGGCAGCUCCCACACCGGGACUCGGACCUGCAGCUGGAGAAGGAAGAGCACCCGGCGAGGAUCACGAUGGUCUCGUCUGGCCUUGGAAGUCAAUGCCGUAGGCCUUUGCCAAUGGUGUUCUGUUCUUUCCCCCGCCCCGACAGGGGCAGACAGGAACCUGCUUUUCGAGGAUGGGGCACAUCGGGAAGCCGAGGACCUAGGCUGGAGCUCCAGCGAGUUUGAGAGCUACAGUGAGGACUCUGGCGAAGAGGCCAAGCCUGAGGUGGAACCUGCCAAACACAAGGCGUCCUUCCAGCCAAAGAUGACUCAGCUGAUGAAAGCCGCCAGAAGCGGCACAAAGGAUGGCUUGGAGAAGACGAAGAUUGCUGUCAUGCGCAAAGUGACCUUCUUGCACCGGAAGGAAGCCCCAGGUGACUCUGAGGAGGAAGACAUGGGGUUCCUGGAGGUCACCGUCUCGGACAUGAAACACCCGCCUCCCGAGCUCGGCCCCAUGCCGGAUGGAUUAAGCCCUCAACAGGUGGUGCGACGUCACAUCCUGGGCUCCAUCGUGCAGAGCGAGAGGAGCUACGUGGACUCGUUAAAGCGGAUUCUCCAGGAUUACAGACACCCCCUGAUGGAGAUGGAGCCCAAGGCCCUCAGCGCCAGGAAGUGCCAGGUGGUUUUCUUCCGCCUCAAGGAGAUCCUGCACUGCCACUCCAUGUUCCAGAUCGCCUUGUUCUCCCGCGUGGCCGAGUGGGACGCCACGGAGAAAAUUGGGGACCUCUUCGUGGCCUCAUUUUCCAAGUCGAUGGUGCUGGAUGUGUACAGCGAUUACGUGAACAACUUCACCAACGCCAUGUCUGUGAUCAAGAAGGCCUGUCUCACCAAGCCCGUGUUCUUGGAGUUCCUCAAGAAGCGGCAGAUGACAAGCCCUGACCGGGUCACGCUCUACGGGCUGAUGGUGAAGCCCAUCCAAAGAUUCCCUCAGUUCAUUCUGCUGCUGCAGGAUAUGCUGAAGAACACCCCGAAAGGCCACCCGGACAGGCUGUCGCUCCAGCUCGCCCUCACCGAGCUGGAGACGCUGGCGGAGAAACUCAAUGAGCAGAAGCGAGUGGCCGACCAGAUGGCUGAGAUCCAGCAGCUGACCAGGAGCGUCAGUGACCGCAGCAGCCUUAACAAGCUGCUGAAUUCAGGGCAGCACCAGCUGCUGCUUUGCGAGACCCUGACGGAGACGGUUUACGGGGACCGUGGCCAGCUGAUCAAAUCGAAGGAGCGCAAAGUGUUCCUGCUGAACGACAUGCUGGUGUGCGCCAACAUCAACUUCAAGCCCGUGAGUACAAGAGGCCAAUUGGAAAUCAGUAGCCUCGUCCCUUUGGGCCCCAAGUAUGUCGUGAAAUGGAACACUGCCCUCCCCCAGGUGCAGGUGGUAGAAGUUGGGCAGGAGAACAGCACAUACGACAAAGACAACGUGGUCAUCCAGAACGCGGGAGCCAAAAAACACGCGUCGGCCAGCCAGUCAUCCAAUAAGGUGUACCUGGGUCCUCCACGGCUCUUCCAGGAGCUCCAAGAUUUGCAGAAGGAUCUGGCUGUGGUGGAGCAGAUCACCCUACUCAUCAGCACCCUCCAUGGCACCUACCAGAAUCUGAACAUGACUGUGGCCCAGGAUUGGUGCCUGGCCCUGCAGAGGAUGAUGAGAGUGAAGGAGGAGGAGAUCCACUCGGCCAACAAGUGCCGCCUCCGUCUCCUGCUUCCAGGGAAGACGGACAAGUCCGGCCGUCCCAUCAGCUUCAUGGUGGUCUUCAUCACCCCAAACCCGCUCAGCAAGAUCUCCUGGGUGAACCGCCUGCACUUGGCAAAGAUAGGACUGCGGGAGGAGAACCAACCUGGAUGGCUGUGUCCUGACGAAGACAAGAAAAGCAAAGCUCCCUUCUGGUGUCCCAUCCUGGCGUGCCACGUACCUGCCUUCUCCUCCAAUGCCCUCGACCUGCAGCUUGGAGCCGUGGUGCACAAUCCUGUCCAGUCCUCGCUGCUGGGCUUCUCUGCCGUGAGCACCUCCCUCCCGCAGGGGUACCUGUGGGUUGGAGGAGGCCAGGAAGGAGCAGGGGGCCAGGUGGAGAUCUUCUCGCUCAACCGCACGGUGCCCCGCACGGUGAAGUCCUUCCCGGUGGCCUCCCAGGUGCUCUGCAUGGAAUACAUUCCCGAGAAGAGCAAGGAGGAGCAAGAGCAGGGGAAAGCGGAGGAUUCGAGGUCGGCAGCUGACCAGCCCUCCGCGCCGCAUCCCACCAUCUGUCUGGGACUGCAGGAUGGCAGCAUCCUGGUGUACGGCAGCGUCGACACGGGGACUCAGUGCUUGCUGACCUGCCGAAGCCCGGGGCGGCAGCCUGUCCUCUGCCUGAAGCAUAGCCCCGAGUACCUGUUUGCUGGACUGCAGAACGGCACCCUAGCUGCUUACGCCAGAAACAACGGGGGGCUGUGGGACCUCGAGGCGCAGCCCACCUGUCUGGAGGUGGGGACCGGACCGGUGCGAACCCUGCUGACGCUGGAUGACACCGUGUGGGCCAGCUGUGCCAACCAGGUCACGGUGCUGGAUGCCGCCAGCCUGCAGGCGCAGCAAACCUUUGAGGCCCACCCGGACGAGGAAGCCAGUGUGACGCACAUGAUCAAGGCGGGCAGCGGCGUCUGGAUGGCCUUCUCCUCGGGGUCCUCCAUUCGCCUCUUUCACACCGAGACCCUGGAGCAUCUGCAGGAGAUUAACAUAGCAACGCGGACCACCUUCGUCCUGCCAGGCCAGAAGAACGUCCGUGUCACCAGCCUGCUGAUCUGCCAGGGGCUCCUGUGGGUUGGCACGGACCAGGGCAUCAUCGUGUUACUGCCUGUGCCCAGGCUGGAAGGCAUCCCCAAAAUCACUGGCAAAGGCAUGGUCUCUCUGAACGGCCACUGUGGCCCCGUGGAAUUCCUGGCCGUGGCCGUCAGCACCCUGGCCCCGGACGUGCUGAAGAACGACAAGGAGGAGGAGGGCGGCCAGGAGGAGAAGCCGGACAGCCCGUCUCCAGAGCCAUCUGCCCUCGACAAGCCCCCGGCCAGGGAGAUGAGGAAGAAGGGGAUCCUCUUGCAGUACCGUCUCCACUCCACCUCCCACCUGCCCGGGCAGCUGCUCUCGGUGAAAGAGGCCCCUCCGGCGCCAGGCGGGACCGCCCUGGAGCACAGCGAGGAGGACGGCUCCAUCUACGAAAUGGCCGACGACCCGGACGUCUGGGUGCGGAGCAGGCCAUGCGCCCGGGACGCUCACCGCAAGGAGAUCUCCUCGGUGGCCAUCAUCUCCGGCGGGCGGGGCUAUCGGAAUUUCAACCCCAGCAGCAAGCUGCCGGCCUGCAGCGAGACGGACAGCACUCUUCUCAUAUGGCAGGUCCCUUUGAUGCUAUAGCGUCGACAGCAUCCGCUACCCACAACGCACCACUUAGGGUGACUAACUCCGGCUCCGGACUCAUGCCAAGCCCCAUGCGGAGCGGCCUGCACCAGGGCAUGCUGGGAUUGUAUCUGCUACUGUCCCAGGCCGACCUAGGGAAUGACUUGCCCGCUGCUCAGGAGGGGGGGCAGCCUCUUCCAUUUAUCAAACAAAUGAACACCCCUCCUCACUCCCCUUUUUUUUAAAGACUUUUUUCAAAUUUACGAUGAUUUUUCUUGAGAAACCAGCUCGUUUUCUGGGGGGUUCUUUUACCGUUCUGGGGUGUGUCGGGAGCAGCACCCUCCCUGCGGGCUGAGGAGGUUUGCUGAGCUCUUGGGCGCAUCCGUGAGCGUCUGUGUGUCUGUGUGAAUAUAUGAAUAUAUAUAUAUAUAAAAAUCUAAUUCUGUAUAUUAUUACGUGUAUAAAUAAAACCAUCUGUAUAUAUUGUGGCAUCUGGAGGCGCAGGAAUAAAAAGGAGGCGCA